AUGCCACGAGUACCAUAUUUCAAUCCGGCUUUUCCGUCUGACCGGUUCUCUUCUUUGAAACGGAAACGAGAGUCAGUGGACGAAUACGGGAGCACCCACGAAGCGAAUCUCGCGGUAACCUCCUCUGCUUCGAAGAGUGAACGUCAUACCCCGGGUCAGAGUAGACAAGCCUUUGUCAAUCCUGACCACCCUGAAACUACGUCCUACAAUCAAAGUCAAGCCGGAGCCUCUUUUCCAAUCGCAACCAAGCCCCUUCGAUCUCCAAAGUCUCUAAAUGUCAGGCACUCGAAUCCUACUUUAAAAGGGCCAUCAUCAGGUCUUCGGCAACAACACUUUACAGCCCUCAACACUCUACUGCAUCGUUCCAUUCUUGAAGGUGAUUUUCAACGUGCUAGGAGAACCUGGGCUAUUCUUCUUAGGCUGGAUUUCAAUGGACACUCUCUGGACUUGCGUAAUGGAGGAAGAUGGGGUCUCGGUGCCGAAAUGUGUUUCCGAAGCUAUGAUUCGGUCGAGAUACCAAAUUCGCAAGUGAGCAAAGAAAACAUCGGUGAACAGCAAGCUAUUGGGAAGUCUAGCUUACCUUUCGACGUCGCACCGUUUACAAACGUGCAGGAGUAUUAUGCGCGGCUAGCUCUUCAAUACCCCUAUCGUAAAAUAGCCCCCAGUGCUAUCAGUGCUUUGCAUUUAUACUACACACUUUUCGGUAUUUGGAUAGGCUACAUUGUGGACCAGCGAGAUAUGACGGGUGAGGCAUUCGCCUCGUAUGCAGGCUUGGGUGGAGGGGAGAGAGAUGUUGAUGUGAACCUCAAGCAACCAGACAUAUCGUUUACUCGGACCAAGUCUCAAGUGCAGGAUUUCGCAGAAAGACUUGACGAUUUAAUGUCCUCUCCUCCAAUCUCAAACUCACCCUCCUUCUGGAAUCUGAAAGGCAUGGUCACUUUGUGGAUUGCUGAUCUGUCUACACAAGGUACAUAA